CCAAGGCAACACUACAGAGUCUUCCACUUCUUCCUCAGAUACCUGCAGGUUGGUGAUAUACUAAAUACUCAGGUGACCUUGGCAGAAGGAGAUAAGAAGGACUUUAUAGGAAUCUUGCUCUGAAGAAAUCUCUUUAGUGAAUGACUGGGACCAAGAAACCUAAAAUAACAAAAUAAUAUUGAAAAGGCAUCAGAUCAUGUGCUCCCCAGGAGCUACUAUAUGUGCGCUCCCUGAAAGCACCGCCCUUCCCAAAAAGAGGAAACUGGAAGCCAGAACUUUCCCCAGGCUAUGGACAGCCUCCGAUCCAGCUCUGUUCCGAAUUACUUUGGUGGUUGCUCUGUUGGCUCCUGUCAUUGGUGACUGUGGUCCUCCGCCCAUUUUGCCGUUUGCUUCUCCAGCCAUGCAGUCUUAUGAGACAAACUUCAGAACUGGAACUGCUCUGAGAUACAACUGCCACCAUGGCUACUGGAGAGUGAAUACAAGUCAUGUUAUCUGUGAUAUUAGUGGCUCAUGGAUCUACAAUGUCUUUUGUGCCAAGAAGCGAUGCAGAAACCCAGGAGAGUUAGCCAACGGGAAAGUAGAAAUUAUAACUGAUCUGCUCUUUGGUUCCACCAUAGAAUUCAGCUGCUCAAAGGGAUAUACCCUAAUUGGCUCAACAACUAGUCAGUGUGAGAGCCAAGGUAAAGCGGUUCACUGGAGUGAUCCUCUUCCAGAGUGUGUAAUUGUCAAGUGUGAGUCCCCGCCAGACAUAAGCAAUGGAAAACACAGUGGUAGAGAUGAAGACCUCUACACAUAUGGCUCUUCAGUCACCUACAUCUGUGACCCCAACUACUCACUCUUAGGCAAUGCCUCCAUUUCCUGUAUUGUGGUGAAUAAAACAAUAGGUGUCUGGAGCCCACGCCCUCCGACUUGUGAAAAAAUCAUCUGUCGUCAACCACAUAUUCCUAAGGGAAUAUUUCACUCUGGAUUUGGACUCUUCUACACUUAUAAAGACACUCUUGUGAUUAGCUGCAACAAAGGUUACAUCCUCAGGGGCAGCAGUAUAAUCCACUGUGAAGCUAAUGGCAAGUGGUAUCCUUCUGUUCCCACCUGUGAGCCCAAUGGCUGUGUUGACUUACCAGAUAUCCCAUAUAUUUCCUGGGAGAGAAAUAUACUUAGCCUAAGAAAUCAAGAAAUAUUUGAGAUUGGAACACAGGUGAAAUAUCAGUGCAAGGCUGGUUAUCGAUCACUGCCAGAUGUGCGUCGGAUUGUCACUUGUCAGGACAGUUUAAAGUGGACAGUUUCCAAAGGGUGUGAAAGGGUAUGCUGCCCAACACCAAAUAUGGAGAAAAUGAGAAUCAUAAAUGAAAGGAGAGACUUUACGGGUGUAUGUCUCUAUGCCUAUGAAGAUUAUAUUUUCUACAUGUGUGAUGAAGGCUAUUUUCCUGUUUCUGUUGAUGGAAGGAGUUUAUGCCAAGCAGAUGGCACGUGGAACCCUAAAAUUCCAGCGUGUGAGUCAGCUGGGUGUUUGAGACCAGAGAUACUGAAUGGAAAGCUAUCUGUGGAGAAGGAUCGCUACACUGAAAUGGAAAAGGUCACCAUCCACUGUGACUCUGGCUAUGAAUUAGUUGGUCCCCAAAGUAUCACUUGCUCAGAGAACAGAACCUGGUCCCCAGAAGUACCCAAAUGUGAGCGGGAAGUCCCUGAAGACUGCAAACAAGUGAUUGCUGGCAGAAAGCUCUUGGAAUGUCUUCCAAACCCAGCUGAUGUGAAAAUGGCCCUGGAGGUGUAUAAGCUGUCUCUGGAGAUUCAACAAUUGGAAAAAGAGAAGUACAUGCAGAACCAGGAGAAAUUUCCUGAAAAACAAAAGAAGCAGUAACUUGUCUUUACAUUAACAUACACAAUCCCCACUUACCAUCUCCACUUGUCCUUAAGCACCAUUACUCACGUUAGGAAGUUUCUGGGCUUGGAAAAAAUUCAUGUGAUUAUUGCUACCAAAAAUGUGUAAUUAUUGAUGUGGCAAUUUGUGGCCCAAGAGUCUACUUGACUCAUUGUGCUGGUUAAAUAAAAGAUCACUUAUCAAUCAUCA